AUGACUAACGGACGCGUUGUGGUCAACAUAAGCGGCACCAAGUUUGAACUGACCUGCCAGAAGUUCGCAAAACUCGCAGAACUGUCCAACUCCUGUUGCCUGACGGAGGCGUGCAUCACCGGGCAGAGCCCGAAAGAGUAUUUCUUCGAACGCAACGCUGCCUCAUUCGAAGCCCUGCUGGAGUUUCUCCAUCGCGGUGACCUUCACCUUCCGCCCACCGUCUGCCCCAAAGUCUUCAGCCAGGAGAUGAACUUCUGGGGAGUGGACAUCACCAAGAUGGGCAGCUGCUGCUACGUCAAACUGGUCGUGUUCGAGGAGAAUCAGAAGAGCCUGGCCCGGUUCGACAAGCACACGAAUCAAGCCCGGCUGAUGUACGAGCCCCGGCCGAGUCCUCUCUGGCCGAGAUGGGAGAGAUUCAGGGUCUCCGUCUGGAACAUCCUCGAUGUCCCGUCAUCUUCUCGGGCCGCCAAGGUGUACUUAGUUGUUUUGGCGGCGUUCAUCUUAAUGUCGCUGUUCAUACUGGUGGCGGACACUCACCCGUUUUUCCAUCGCCAGAUGAGCCGGAAUGAAUGGAAGCAGUAUUUAGGCAAACGAGCAACAAACAGUUUACUGAACGCACUUGAACAAUUUUUUGGCGACUACGACGGCGACUACGACGACGAAGAGGGGACAACUUUGAGUCCUGGUGACUACGGGGACGACUCUAAUGACACGUACGCAUACAACAACGACAUGGCGUCAUUGUUACCAAAACCGCUGAGACAUCCAAAUAGGAAAUUGAAACUGAAAGCCAAUCCCUAUCCGGAAGCUUCGGCGAGGAUCGACGCUUUACGUUAUGUCGAAUACGCUACAGUCGUUUUUUUCACUCUCGACUUUAUGGUUCGGAAUAUAUUUUCUCCGCGAAAGCUUCGGCAUUUUUUCAGUUUCGGUAACAUUAUAGACUUUCUGGCGCUUGCAUCAGUGUACGUAGUCACUAUAAUCGAGUUACUGAGGCCUAAAGAACAAUUUCGUAUUUCUACCAUUGACUUUAUCGAGUGCGUUCAGUUUCUUCGUGUGCUGCGACUCGUCCGGUUGUUUCGUGACGUCAGCGGCGUUCGAGUUUUGUUUUACUCCAUUCGAUCGAGCGCACCGGAGCUGUGUCUUCUGUUCUCAUUUUUGGCUGCUGGCGUGUUUCUUUUUGCCACCGUAAUUUUCUUCAUCGACGACCGAAGUAUAAUGAAAAGUAUACCGGAUUCGGCUUGGUGGGCGUUGAUCACCAUGACAACGGUGGGAUAUGGCGAGAUGAUCCCCGUGACCUUUCAAGGAAAAAUUGUUGGGUCGUUGUGCGCGAUCUGCGGUGUUAUUGUUAUUGGCCUGACCGUUCCGAUAUUUGUGAAUAAUUUUGUGAUGUUUUACAGUUAUUCAAAGACAUUUGAGGCCCGCGAAAAGACGAAGAAAAUACCGCCAGAGAAUGCGCCUCCAGAUUCCCAGUAUCACAAAAACAAAGUGUUUCCAGAGAAGGAUAUGACGUUCAAAGGCGCCUGUUCUCCAGUGUGCCAAGUUUACACUGACGUCACACAAUGAGACAACGUUACAAAGCACACUGACGUCACAAAACACUGAUGACGAUACAUAGCACACUGACGUCACAAAAGCAGGCCGGUGACGCUACAAGCACACUCAUAACGUUACAGGGCACACUGAUGACGUUAUAGAGCACACUGACAGAGACGUCUCAAAAUCACCUUUAUUGUAAAGAUAUCGAGGAUUAACAGAGCUGCCAUUUAUUAUCAAGUUUAUGUCCCGAGUAAAAUAUGUUUCAUUAGUCACGGGUUUUAGCGAGUGUCAAAUGAAAGUUAUUUGAUGACGGACAUAAAUUUGAUAAUAAUUGAUACCGAGCUUUUUUUACU